AUGUCAUUCAGUCAAGCAGAACUAGACGAAAUCUACGCCUUUGCAGUUGACCUAGGCAAAAGAGCUGGUCAGCUUCUUCUGGAUGGAGUCGAGAAGCGAAUCGCAGGUGCUAGUCAUGAGUUUGAGGAGAAGGAGAAUGCAGUUGAUAUUGUGACGCAGACGGAUGAAGAUGUAGAAGCAUUUAUCAAAACAGCGCUUCAGCAGAAAUACCCCUCUCACAAAUUCCUCGGCGAAGAAACAUACGCCAAAUCGCAGUCGCGCGAAUACCUCAUCGACGAACACCCAACAUGGUGCAUCGACCCACUAGACGGCACCGUCAACUACACCCACAUCUUCCCCAUGUUCUGUGUCUCCAUCGGCUUUAUUGUCGCCCAUAAACCCGUCAUCGGCGUCAUCUACGCUCCCUUCACAGACCAGCUCUUCUCCUCCUGCACCGGCCGCGGCGCAUGGUUGAACGAAAAGCGCCAACUGCCUCUUAUUCGCAAUCCGUCAAUUCCUCCGAUGCCCGCGAAUGCGCCUCGGAAAUGCAUCUUCUCGUGCGAGUGGGGCAAGGAUCGCAGGGAUAAGCCUGAUGGGAAUAUGCAUCGCAAGAUAGAGAGUUUCAUGAAUAUGGCUGCUGAGGUUGAUGGGAGAGAUGGAAAGGGAGGGAUGGUGCAUGGGGUGAGGAGUUUGGGGAGUGCGACGCUGGAUUUGGCGUAUACGGCUAUGGGUUCGUUUGAUAUUUGGUGGGAGGGGGGUUGUUGGGAGUGGGAUGUCGCGGCGGGUAUUGCUAUUCUGUUGGAAGCUGGGGGACUGGUUACUACGGCCAACCCACCCGAGAAUAUUGAUACGGCGCUUAUUGAGGAUGUUCGUCUGGGAAGUCGGCUUUACUUGGCUAUUCGACCGGCAGGGCCUUCAAAGUCCGAAACAGGACGACAGACACAGGAGAGAACAGUGCGAGAAGUAUGGCGACGCGUGAGGGAACUGGAAUACAAUCGACCCGGCGCAUAA